AUGGUUUCGGACGAGCAUUACGAUAUGUGUUUGCCUGUCCUGCAGGACCUGACACUCGACGACGAAGAUAAAACGGAUAAACUGGAAGAGCUCUUCAGAGCCAAUACAAAUCUUGCUGGGCCUUCGCUGGACAAUGCGGUCCUCGAUGCGUUAUGGAGAUAUCGGGAUGGCGGAGGGACAGCAGCAUCUCCCCCUGCCAUUAGGCAUUCUAUCCUGCGCCGCCCUUCUCCUGCUUCAUGGCGCGGCUCUGGGACACCGCUUUCUGGCUCCCCGAGGCUCGGGGUAAGCCCCCUGGCCCCUCCCGGCUUUGUCCCCCCGACAUUUGGUCGUACAAUGUCAUCUACAGCCUCGCCCUUUUCGUCGCCACGAGCAUCCCCCCGACCGACUUUUGUAACGCCUUCGAUUCCCCACAGCCCGAACUUGAGUGCAUACGAAUUCGCAAGUGACCUUACGCCAGCCACCGAGAUCCUUGGUGAAUACCAGACCGAGAACGUUGAGUGGCUUGUCAAUGACGAUGCCAUUAGCGUUACGUCCUCUGUCGGAACCUCCAGUGGCCUCAAUGCUGCUGCGCCGGAGUUCUCGUCCGCAGUGCCUGCCCAUCAAAUAGACAUGUCUCCUUAUGACAUGCUCCGCUCAAUUUUGGGUCACACAAGAACCGAUGAAGAGAUUGAGGCAGCUCUGGCAGACCAUGGAUACGAUUUGAGCGCCACCAUUGCAACUCUCAUGGAGGGCCAGGCCCAGGACGCUGGCUUGGCUCUUGGCUCUGAUGAAGUCAAGAGCGUCCUGGUUGGGAAGUCUCUUUCUGCUGAGGGAAGGCCCAGCACUCCUGUCAACCAUAAAUCCGGCGUCAUCUGUAAGUUUUACAUGUCUACCGGCCAAUGUCUCCGCGCAGACUGUCGGUUCAGCCAUGACUUGAGCAACCACCUUUGCAAGUAUUGGAUCAUGGGGAACUGUUUGGCAGGAGAGACUUGCAUCUUUUCGCAUGACCCUGCAAAGCUCAUGAGUAAGCUUGCGAUGGAUGGAACAAGCACUCCACCAACAAAAGGCCAAGGAAAUCUGCAGUUGCAGGAUUUUAGCUCCUUUCCCUCUUUGCAGGGGACACCGGAACAGCUGGCUGCUCUUGCCAACAACCCUAAUUUUGCGAACUUGGGUAUUUCUGCUCCUCCGGGUCUACGGGCUUUCCACGGCUCUGACAGCCCUCGUUCCCGAUCAAGACCGGGAAGUCGGCAUCAGGGCAAGGAAGUUCCGCCGUCGGCCCCGGCACUGGACGACACAGAGGCUUUCCCAUCUCUCGGCUCUGCAUCGGCCACGAAGCAGGGUAAGAAGCACCAUGGGAAGCGAGGUGGGCAUGGCCAUAAUCACAAGGAGAAUUCCACACCCAACUCCCUGGCCGAUGUCGUGCGAAUGAGCCCAUCCCCAGUCAUUGGAUCACCACGACUUGAGGCUAAGCGGAUUGGACGUAAUGGGAGUGCCACUCCUCUCAAGAAUGGAGAGAACAGUGCGGCGGCGCAGGCAAUCUCCAGUCCGAAACAUAUACCUUGGCUUGAAACUGGCGAAAAAGCGAAUAAGGCGUAUUUGAAAGCUCGUCAGGAGGCUAUCAAGCAUGGUGGCCUCCGCAAUAAGUUCUUACAAAGUGCUGCCCAAGCAUGGAAUCGCAACGACGCUCGAGCUGCCAAGGCGCUUAGUCUUCGUGGCCAGAGCGAAAAUGAUCUCAUGCGCAAAGCGCACCGAGAAGCUGCCCGAGAACUGUAUGAGGAGCGUAACAAGAACAACUCCAACAGCUCCGAGAUGUACGUGGAUCUCCACGGGCUACAUCCCGAAGAAGCUGUGGAGUACUUGGAGAAGAUCCUCAUGGAAAAUGACCAAGAAACCCGACCUAUCUAUGCCAUUACUGGCUCAGGACAUCACAGCAAGAAUGGCAAGGAUAAGGUUGGCAAGGCCAUUCGCAGUUUCCUCAAUGAGUGGAGGUACGCCUACCGGGAAUUUUCCGUUCCCGGCGAUCGCAAUAAUAUGGGCGGGAUCUUGGGCAUUGAUGCUCGAAGCUGGGACAAGACACUAGCCAAGGAAGGGUCCGAGGAGGGAGGAGUUAAGACGACCGUUGAGGAUCUCCUCGACCAAGCCGUGGAGAUUGGGGAUGGCAAAGUCAGGCUCCUUGUCCGAGACCCUCCCAAGGGCCCAAGUAGCCGCCGAUGA